AUGAUGUUAGCGAUCAUCAAUGAUCCAACAUUAUUUAUGAGAAUCGCAAUGAUGACUAUAUCAGUGGGUACAGGCGUUGGUAUUGUAGUAUCUGGUAUUACUGUUGGGGUAAUUGUUACUCAACAAUUGAAAUAUUUUCAAGAAACUACAAUUGUGCUACAAUCACCAGCCACAAUCGUUUUAGACAGAUAUAUCGAUGCAAACGAACUGCCACUCUUUUAUAAUGCACUCGACGCAACGGAUGUCUUUAUCAGUGAUACUAAAAAAGUUUUGAAUGCUAGGUUUGGAGAUAAAUUUGUUAAUCUUAUGGUCUCGAAUUUUUCGGCCACACCUAAAAUUCAAUCUAGUCGUAGGAAGAAGUUUAUAUCUAAGAGAAAAGUCUUAAAACGAUCCGACAACCGUACUGAUAAAAGAGACUUUACAACAACAGUACAAGCAUCAAUCACGUUGACACCAAAUAACACUACAGGUAAUACAACGGAAGGUGUAACAUACGGUAAGUGUGAAGUAUUAUUCACAACUUCAAAUUAUACGGAUUGUUCAGGAAGGACUGCCAGUAACAUACAACAGGCUAGUGAUCAUGGAACGGAAAGCCCACAUGUAGUGCCUGGUUCUACAGAAAUAGAUCCUUCUCAACAACGAUCGAAUUACACAACUACUACUACACGAUAUACUUCUAAUGGAUCAAUUGGAUACAAUUCUACAAUAGCAACUAUUUCUAACAACACUACAAGUCAAUGUAUUAUUCCAAACGAUGCAAUUGGUCGAUCAUCAAUUAUAUCCUCAAAAAUGUUGCUGUAUUUUCAAGUUAAGAGGGGUGAAUCUAUUCUAGUUCAAGAAAUAAUUGAUGCACUUAAAGAUUUAAAACCGCCAAUUGCUGUAUUUACGAGAUGCAAGGAACCAAGUAUCCAAACAAGUUCUUUUAAUCAGGCAUUGUCCAACGUUGAAACACCUACUAAAGUAGAUAUUGAUUUGGCUGCUGUUAGAAAUCAAGAAAGCGCUUCUGUCUCAUUAAAAGAGAGCGUAAGUGCUGCAGCAGCAAAAGCUGAAGCAGACGUCCAGUUUUCGACACCUGUGCCAGUUGUCGAAUCUUCAACACCUGUGCCACUUGUCGAAUCUCCAACACCAGCAACUGCUACAGUAACGAUGACCGUACCACCCGGUUAA